AUGUACACAACACUCGAUUUUUUCGGAACUCCAGUUUUUAUCAAAUACGCAUCCCAUUUUGUAUCACUUAUCAGUCUCCCGAUUUAUUUUCUUGGUUUCUAUUGUAUUCUUUAUAAAACUCCAGAUAAUGUGAAAAGUGUUAGAAAUUGUAUGAUGAUAACCUAUUCUUUGUAGGUUUUUGAAAAAAUAAAAAUAAAAUAAUUUUUGUUUUUAUGCAGAUGUUUUAUUCAAGAUAUCGAUUUGACAUUUCUAACAGUUCCAUUUAUUUUAAUCCCAAGUUAUGCUGGAUUCCCGGUUGGAAUUAUGAGUCAUGUUGGAGUUUCCAUCAAAACCCAAACUGUAAUUGGAGUUUUUAUAAUUUAUGGUAACCUUUUGAAUAAUUUCUGA